AUGAUGAUAAUGAUGCGCCGUGUGAUGUGUGUGUUGGCCGUUGUGCUGUGCUGCGCCUGCGGGUAUACCAUGACGGCUGCUGCUGCUGUUGAUAAUGACAGUCCCAGUGGCCGUGGUGUAUCCCGUGGGGCUGUGGAGGUGUCGUGCGGGGCCGGCGGUGCGCUGCGUGUACGCCCCGCUGCUGAGAGCGAGUGGCUUACAUGCGGUGCGGGCAGCCGUGUGUCUGCAUGUGGGAAGUACGCAGACCUCUGCCGCCAGCGUACCGCAAGAGCAGCACCAACAACAAGAAAAACAACCAUUGCUAAUACUGGUAAUGCUGGACAGCCAAAGGCGGUGAUGGCUUCUGAUGGUAGUGGUAGUAGUAAUGGUGGUGGUGUUUUUUCAACAAUUCUGAAUGGUUAUCAUACAGGAGUGUGGGAUCUCGAUGUUAUUAAGAAUACAUCAGUACCACCAAUAUCUACUGAUCCAGAUUCAAAAGUAUCUGUACCGCCUGUGGUGAAGGUGCCAGACACAUCACACAAAGGUAAGGACAUGGAAGAUAGAAUUUCUGGUCAGGACUCUGGUGAUGUUGAGAUUCCGGGAGAAACAGUGUUACGAGAUAUUUCAGAUGCUGUCCCACCUCCAUUGGACAAACCAGGUAUUUUUGAUGCCAGUACUUCUAAUGCUGCUAUCUCUCAAGGAGAGAGAAAUAAUUCUUCAGAAGGGAGUAAAUUAGAAGUUACAGCAGCUGCAGAAAUUGUAACCUUAGAGAGUAAGGCUGCAGAGACCAAGUCAUCAGCUAACGUUUCUACAGAUUCACACAACGCACAAGAAGAGGGUUCUGAAGUACCGGUAACGGUUUCAUUACCUGCUGAGACAUCCUCAUCUGGAGAUGCUGUUCCUAAACAGAGUACUCCACAAGCUCAUUCGGAAAGUACCACUGAAGGUGGUGAUGGAAAUCGCACAAACCAACCUACUAGAGCUGCUGAUACGAAUGCUACAGCAGAAUCACAGGAAACUACUUCCACUAUUCCACCAAGUACCGAGAACAUUACCACAGAAGCACCAACCACCACUCCAUCUACGAGCACCGAGAACACUACCACAGAAGCACCAAUCACCACUCCAUCUCCUGCACCUGUACCCAAUGCAGAGAUCAGCAACACCAUCGCUUCCACUGUACAGAAGAAGGCUAAUGUUGACAGCAGUAUCAGUCCUGUGUGGAUGCGCACUACAGCACCGCUACUGAUUGUGGCUGUGUUGUUCUCCAUUACUGUGUACUGA